AUGUGGGCUGUAAGCUAUUCGUCCAGCCGCGACCUGCCAUCUUGCAUAAAUCGUUAUUGCUUUUCAGGAGACCCUCUGUACGUCGGCAUGGAUUUGACUAUCGCUAGUUUUGAUGCUAUUUCGGAAGUUAAUAUGGAUUACACUAUAACCCUUUAUCUGAACCAAUACUGGAAAGAUGAAAGACUGGAAUUUGGCUUAACGGACGAGGUCCUAACCCUGUCUGGGGACUUUGCUGAUAAGAUCUGGGUGCCAGAUACAUUUUUCGCCAACGAUAAAAACAGCUUCCUACAUGAUGUGACGGAGCGAAACAAGCUGGUUCGGCUAGGUGGUGAUGGCAGCAUCACAUACGGCAUGCGGUUCACUGCCACCUUGGCCUGCAUGAUGGACCUCCAUUACUACCCCCUGGACAGCCAGAACUGCACCGUCGAGAUUGAAAGCUAUGGUUAUACCGUGUCUGAUGUUGUGAUGUACUGGAAAGAUACGCCUGUGCGAGGCGUGGAGGACGCAGAGCUGCCACAGUUCACGAUCCUUGGACACGAAACUAAUGAUAGAAAGGAGAAGUUGGCGACAGGAAUCUAUCAGCGUCUAUCACUAAGUUUCAAGCUGCGAAGGAACAUCGGUUACUUCGUGUUCCAAACUUACCUCCCGAGCAUUUUGAUCGUGAUGUUGUCGUGGGUAUCGUUUUGGAUCAAUCACGAGGCUACGUCAGCGAGAGUCGCUUUAGGUAUAACCACCGUUCUGACGAUGACAACAAUAAGUACGGGAGUGAGAAGCAGCCUUCCCCGCAUUUCAUACGUGAAAGCUAUCGACAUAUACCUAGUGAUGUGUUUCGUUUUUGUGUUCGCGGCCCUUUUGGAGUACGCGGCUGUUAAUUACACGUACUGGGGCGCGAGGGCACGGAAACGGGCCAAGUUAAAAAACCGAGAUCUAUCCGCUAGUACUAGUGUCGAGAAGGAUCUCAAAAGCUCUGGAGGUACUCGUUCGCCUGAGGAAAUAAUAGCGCUGCGGGAAUGUACUCCUACAUCGGGGCGAGUGUCGCCCUUGUUAGGGCUCCGAUCGAAGCCUUUGCCAACGCCCGCUGGAGCCCCACCGUCGCUAAGGCUGCAGCGAGACCACACUAACCUAAGAUAUAGAACUCGACCGCAUUCGAGAAAUUCAAGAAACGGUGCUGCUAAACCACGCGUGAUGCACGCACUGAGGAAAAGCGCGACAGUGAUAAAAGCCUCCAUGCCAAAGAUUCGCGACGUGAACGUAAUUGACACGUACUCUCGUGUCAUUUUCCCGAUAUGUUUUCUUAUAUUCAACGCUAUAUAUUGGGUUUUCUACGUUUUCGAUUAG